CGUUGCGAGUUGCGGCCGGCGACCAGCCAGUCCGCACCGAUACACCGGCUUGACACCACGCAGUACGGAGCGCAUCUAGGCGUAAUAUCGUAAAAAAAGCCGGCCGCGCUUCGAAAGUGACAGUGCGCAGUGAGCUGAAUAGAGUGAUCUGUAAAAUAUAUCGGGACUUGCAUUUUGCUGUUCAAAGUUCGACAUCGAAACGAAGUAUCGACAAUACGACUGUUUAUAUCUUAAUUAAUUUGCACGAUAUCCUUGAAGUGCAAGAGGUGGGAUGUCUCAACGCAACUGAUGACGUCUUGUAAUAAAAGGUGCUGAGAUCCAGAAAGAUGGCGUGGCUCCGUGUAUCUGCGUGCUUCUUGGCUGUAUCGGUGCUGAUAGCUCCGAUGCUGGCCGCCGUGUGUCCCGAAGGUUGCGUCUGCAACACUACACGCGACGGCCUCCACCGUGCCACCUGCAGCAACCUCGCCGAUCUUUACAAAUUUACACUCCGACAAAAGCAUCAUAACAUUAACAUUCUAGACCUUUCGCACAAUAAUAUUACGAAACUGAACCAUGAGCUCGAUCGGCUCACUGAAAUUGUCACGUUGGACCUGUCAACUAAUGGCAUUCAGAAUCUCAACAAAUUCUUACACAACGCCAAGAAACUAGUGCAUUUAAAUCUGGCUAACAAUAGAAUACAAAAGCUGUCUUUAACGCAUUUACCAAAGAGUGUGAGCUCUUUAGACUUGACAAAUAAUCUCUUGCAAGAUAUGCCAUCAGACCUCGCGCACUUAGUCAGUUUAGAGCAUUUAGAAUUAGAAGGCAACCCUCUGGAAUGCUCAUGCGAGAAUAUUAUGGCAAGAGACCGUUUACUGCUUGGAAAUGUUUUUAUCGAUCAUGUGAAAUGUGCCUCGCCGGAAAAAUUAAGGGGGCGUUCUUGGUUAGAAUUAAAAACAAAAGAUAUUUGUAAAGUGCCAAAAACAGAAAAUAAUUUCUUAGACAUGAUGAUGGGAGACCAACCCAUUGAUGCAGUUGAAGUUGGAAAAGAAACAGUUGAACUAAAAUCUUUACCAUUGACAGCCACUAAUGACUUGGAAGAUGGUAAAAUAAUUCAGGGAAGUAAUGUUGAUGAAGAUGAUGACAGUCUUUUAUUCCUUAAAGUUGGACAUUCAACGCCAUCAUCGCCUUUAAAUGACAUCGAAGGAUCCGGUGAAGCCGAAAGCACUACGAUUUCAGAUUUCUUAAUAGAACCAAAGGUGGAACGUAAACAAGUUCCGAACAUGCAUUCUCUUUAUCCUGAAAACGAUUACGAACAACAGACCACCGAAGAUCCCAUUGCCGGAUCCGGAGAAGGUUCUGGUUUCCUGCCGUUCUAUGAACCAGACGUAUUUGAAGAAACUACGACUCCUAAAGACGAAAAACUUAACACAGAACAAGUUCACCCACUAAUAGAUGAUGAUGAUAGUUCUGUAACAGAAUAUCCAUUACCAAAGGUACCAACCGUUUUUCCAGAAGUUAUUGAUUGGAGUAAACCACCAGAAAUAUCAUCCACAGAAAAGCAUAUAACAUCAUCAACACCACGUGAUACGACUGUAUCUGAACAAAUAAGAGUUACUCAAGCAUCCGAAGUACUCGGCCAACCAGCUGGUAAUGAAAACACCCAACCACAUAAAACUGGAACGUAUGUUUGUAUUGCAAUCAUUGUUGUACUAUUGGUUGGUAUGAUCGGUUUUGCUAUUAUAAAAGGUCAAAUGAGAAAACGAAGAGACAGAAGACUUUUGAGGCAGCAAAGGCGAGAUGUAGAAAAGGCUUCAAAAGAAAUGGUAGAUAUGAAUAAAUCACUAUUGGGUAAACCAGCUCCACUCGAACCACAAGUAGAAAAGAAAGUUAAUGGCAAAUACGAACUUGUGCCGACUCAUGAUGCUCAACAGAAAAAAGGUGAAAAUGGGCAUGUUGAGAAUGGACUAAGCCAUAAUGAUAGCAAUGGCACAAGAACUGACAGCCCCAGGGACACAAAUCAAAACAAGAGCAGUUCGAGGGACAACAAUUUAUCUCAAGAUCCUCAACAAGAGACUUCCUUUGAAUCUGCUCCCGCCUCACCGGACUCAAGGAAAGACAACAACUCCUUAUCUAGUGAAGACAUAUUUGUACCUUUAAAUGAUGAUGACACGCCCAGGCUAAACGGUAACCUCGAUUCAGAUGUAUCUCAGCCACUCAUAAAUGGUGAUCAAACCACAGACUCAGACUUUUUAUCGCCUUCGCGCGAGUACGUACCGGUAUACUCUCCCGAUAUGGGCAGAGUUCGAAUUAAGAUGACGGAGACCCCCAAGCCUAAAACACCAGUACUAGUCACCAGGAGUAGGUCGAACGCUGGGGAUAUCAUCAUCACCCCCGCGGGAGACGCAAAUCGCAAGUCGACCACUUGAAACAGGAUCUCCGUCGGAAGGACAAUAGCACUUUGUGUAAUUCAGUGUCAAACUGCAAACACUUCACUAUUGGCGAAAUUUUGUGAUUGUUUAGUGAAUCUAUUCGGCACAAGUCUGGUGUACGAUGGACUGAAAUUGCUCAGAACGAUUGCGUGAGUGCUAAAACUUUUGCUGCCAAAGUGUGUUUGUAGUCCAGAGUGCCUUUAUUUUUAACAUUGUUAGUGGUAUGAUAAUAUAUUUAUGAGAGUUUACUGAGCAAUAAGUAAAUCAUAUUUUUAUACGUGUAAAAAGUGUUGCCAUGUUUUUAAAUUGAUGAUAGAUGUAUGAAUUGUCUAGUAUAAGAUGGCAGGUUGUCAAUUAGUAAUAGCACAAGUUUGAUGGCAUCUUCUAGCAUUGCCGUCUGCCAACUUAUAUUUGAUAAAGUAUAAAGGUUCUUUUUAGUGAUAUGAACGUUAUCCAUCUCGUAAACAAAGAUGCAACGAAAUAGAAUUAUUGUACAAAAACUGAACUCUAUGUUUUGCUUUUGAACAUCAUCAACGUGUUUAUGUAAUCUUUCAGACAAUGCUUGAAUUGUAAAAUUUCAAUGGUUGUGUACUUACUUUACUCCGAGCAUAUAAUAUUAUAGAACAACAUAAUGCAUAACAAUGCGAAGUCAAACUGGCUAUGUGUAUUCGUUUUUCAACAUAAGUUCCUUUUUUAUUAAUUAAAAAAAUAUAAUUUAAGAAUGUGAUACCAAUUUAUUUUAAGAUCAUUCUGCCUUUCAUGCUUCUAGUUGUAUAGAUUUCGAUUUCCGUAUGUUUAUAUUUAUCGUCACCUUUACUAUUUGAAAUGUUUUUAAUGGUAAUGCUUUUAAAUGAAUGAAUCUGUACCAUAUCAUAUUUACCUUAUUUACUUAUUGUUUGGUAUAUUUCGUCUGAAUGUUGCCAACUUUUGGGAUAAAUAAAGAACAAUAGUGAUAAUACUACAUACAAUAGCGAUAAUUAAGUAAAUUUAUAAAUAAAUGUAUUUUUAUUGAAAAGUAUAAAUGAUAUAAAUGGUUGAUUUAA